CGCGCGGGGCCGGCGCCUCAGUGUCUCCUCCGAGGGUCCUGUUCAGCCACCGAGCAGGGGGCGGCUAGUACGCCUGGGUGCCUCUGCAGGAUCCCGCCACCAUGUUCCCGGAGCCCCCAACCCCGGGACCUCCAGCGUCGAACACGCCUCCGGACUCCAGCCGCAUCAGCCGUGGCCCAGUGCCUCCCUGGGCCCUGGCCACCAUCGUGCUGGUUUCAGGCCUCCUCAUCUUCAGCUGCUGUCUCUGUCUUUACCGGAAACGUUGUCGGAGGCGGAUGGGCAAGAAGAGCCAGGCCCAAGCCCAGGUCCACCUUCAGGAAGUGAAGGAGCUGGGCCGGAGUUACAUAGAUAAGGUGCAGCCAGAAGUGGAGGAACUAGAGCCAGCAUCAUCCAGGCCAGAGCAGCAGGUGGCAGAGAAGCAUGAGCUAGGACGACUGCAGUACUCACUGGAUUAUGACUUCCAGAGUGGCCAGCUGCUGGUGGGUAUCCUGCAAGCUGAGGGAUUGGCAGCCUUGGACCUGGGUGGCUCCUCAGAUCCCUAUGUGCGGGUUUACCUGCUGCCAGACAAGCGGAGGCGGCAGGAGACCAAGGUGCAUCGGCAGACACUGAACCCACACUUUGGAGAGACCUUCGCCUUCAAGGUCCCCUACGUGGAGCUGGGUGGCAGGGUGUUGGUCAUGGCGGUGUACGACUUUGACCGCUUCUCCCGCAACGAUGCCAUCGGGGAGGUUCGGGUGCCCAUGAGCUCCGUGGAUUUAGGGCGGCCGGUGCAGGCCUGGCGGGAGCUGCAGCUGGCUCCGCGGGAGGAGGAAAAGCUAGGGGACAUCUGUUUCUCCCUCCGGUAUGUCCCCACCGCCGGGAAGCUCACAGUCAUCGUCCUGGAAGCUAAAAACUUGAAGAAAAUGGACGUAGGAGGACUGUCAGAUCCGUAUGUCAAAGUCCACUUGCUGCAGGGUGGUAAAAAGGUGCGGAAGAAGAAAACUACCAUCAAGAAGAACACUCUGAACCCCUAUUACAACGAGGCUUUCAGCUUCGAGGUGCCCUGUGACCAAGUCCAGAAGGUCCAUGUGGAGCUGACCGUGCUGGACUAUGACAAGCUGGGCAAGAACGAGGCCAUUGGGAGAGUGGCCGUAGGGACAGCGGCCGGCGGGGCUGGCCUGCGGCACUGGGCGGACAUGCUGGCAAACCCCCGGCGGCCCAUUGCGCAGUGGCACUCAUUGCGGCCCCCUGACCGAGUGAGGCUGCUGCCUGUGCCCUGAUUCCCACCCCCCAGACUCUGGCCAAGCCUGGACUCUGGCCUCUUACCCCAGACUCCUAAGACUGGCCAAAGCCAAGCCCGGUCCUACCUUUAAGCCUUCUCUGACCACUAACCCCUCCCCACUUCCUCACCCCAAUCAUCUGAUCUAUUCCUGCUUUCUCACCCUGCAUUAUGCCAAUCAUGACAACUUUUAACACCCCCUCCCCACACACAUGCACACACAUACCCAGAAGCCCCAGGGACCCCUGGGGGAAAGGAAAGAAGUCUGAUCUCCCCUGUUUCUAGGUCCCACCAUCUGCUUUGACAAUCAGCGAUCCCAGUCUUCUAUCCCCUUUGCUCCCAAUGUCCCUCUUCCCACACAGCCUGGUUCCUGCACUGCUCCUGGGGCCAAAUAAAAUACUCAGCAGCUCUGGUG